AUGGAAGAGAAGGAUUUGAUCAUGAUGUUGGGGGAACACUUAACUGACAAGUGUUACAUGAUCGUGUUUGAUGACGUGUGGAAAAUUGAAUUUUGGAGAGAUGUAGAGCAUGCUUUGCUUGAUAACCAAAAAAAUAGUAGAGGAUGGGAACUUUUUUGCAGAAAGGCAUUUGGCUUUGACGGUUGUUGUCCUCCAAACUUGACGAAAUUAUCGGAACAUAUUGUUGGAAAAUGUGGAGGUCUACCUCUAGCAAUUGCUGCGAUAGGUGGGCCUCUCUCAAGGAAAAACAAGAUUGUUUCUGAAUGGGAAAAUAUACUAGGUAGCUUGGGCUCAAAAUUAAGCAGUGAUUCCCAUCUUAGUGAUUGCAAGAGAGUUUUGUCUGAAGGUUAUUAUGAUCUUCCUCACCAUCUCAAGUCAUGUCUCUUAUACUUUGGUGUGUUUCCAGAAGGCUACGAAAUUAGAAUUGCGAGAUUAAUUCGCCUUUGGAUAGCUGAAGGCUUUGUCCAAUGCAACAACCACCUUCCAUCUGAGCAUGUUGCAGAAGAAUACUUGAAAGAACUUAUUGAUAGAUGCUUGGUUCAAGUUUCAAAGAGAAAAGCUUCUGGACAACCUAAAAGUUGUAGAGUUCAUGAUCUGAUGUACGAGAUGAUUCGCAGAAAGAUAAAGGAAUGUGAUUUUUGUCAUUUCUUUGAUGAAAAAGGCUUGAGCCACUUUAGUAAUCCUCGGCGUAUUUCAAUACACAAAUGCACUUAUGGUGUUUUUGAAAGCAUUAAAAAUUCAAAGAUCCGAUCCAUUCAUCUUUUCAAUGUAGACAAAUUGCCCGAGUCUUUCACGACUACAUUUGUCACUGAUUUCAAGCUCUUAAAGAUACUUGAUUUUGAAAAUGCCCCUUUGGAUUGUCUUCCUGAUGGAGUGGGAAAGCUCUUCCAUUUGCACUACUUAAGUUUGAAAAAUACAAAAGUUAAAGAACUUCCCGAGUCCAUAGGCAUGCUUCUCAACUUAGAGACUCUUGAUUUGAAGUGGACUUUUGUGAGUGAGCUCCCGGUUGAGAUCACGAAUUUGAAAAAAUUGCGUUGCCUAAUUGUACGACGCUUGGACGGGAAAGGUCCUUACGGAGAUAGAGCAAAAAUACACGAAGGUUUUGGGUCUUUAACAGAGUUGCAGCAGCUAUGGUCUGUGCAUGGAAACACUGAAGUACUUGAAGAGCUUAAGAAACUGAGGCAGAUGAGAAAGCUGGGCAUUAGGGUCACAAAUACAGAUGUUAAGGAUUUGUUUGCUGUUAUCCAGAAUAUGGGAGAAAAGCUUGAAGUUUUGAGUGUACGAGUGUUUACAAGUGGAAACGAGCCUCUUGAUAUACAAUCCUUGGCUUCUCCUCCUUUAGGUCUUCGGCGAUUUGGUUUGGUAGGGAUGUUUAUUGAAAUUCUACCUGUUUGGAUUUCUAAACUUCAAAAUCUAGUCAGAUUUCAAUUGGAUUUGGCUCGAUGUAACAAUGAUUCCAUGACAAUCCUUCAAGCUCUGCCUAAUUUAUUGGUGCUUAUUCUCUUUGUGCAUGACUGUGAUGAACAAUUGCAUUUCAAAGAAGGUUGGUUUCCAAAGCUCCAAGCGAUGCAUCUGUACGACAUCAAAGGAUUGAAAUGCAUGAUGAUAGAGAAAGGUGCAAUGCCUAGUCUUACAGAGUUGUGUAUUGGACCAUGCCCAUUAAUGAAGGAGAUUCCAACUGGAAUUGAGCAUCUCAAUAACCUAAAGAUGGUUGAAUUUAAAAUGAUGUUCAAGGAGAUUUAUUGCAUGAUGAAAAAUGAGAACUGGGAGAAUGUCACUAAACACAUUCUACAAGUACGUGUCAGCUAUAAACAUACAAUUAGAGGAGGAUACCAUUUUUGCAAUAGUAAAUAUUUGUCAUCUCUUUCGGCAGAAGAUUUUGAGAAGCUAUUGAAGAAAUUGGAGGCCGAGUAA